AUGCACCUCCAUGAAACUAUAUUUUGUGCCACGGCAUCCGCCUCAAAUGGCCCUGGCACCAUCGCCAUUCACGACAUACAAACGGGAACUCCCUUGUCCUCUUUCAAGCAGACUAAUGCUGGUACACACUGUACGGCAUUCGUCGAGUCUGGCGAUUCUCAGGGAGGCUUCGUCUUAGCUGCACAACCGGAUAAACCACUGCUUAACGUGUAUAACUUCCAAAAGGAUCAAAUCAGCUUAAAAAUGGUAUUACCAGAAAAGUUGUCUUGUAUUGCAGUGGAUCAUAGGGGAGAAUACGCCGCUGGAGGGACAUCUACUGGUCGGAUAUAUCUGUGGGAGGUAUCCUCUGGUGUUCUUUUUAACUCGUGGGACGCGCAUUACCGCGAAGUAACAGUGCUGCGAUUUACCCAAGAUGGUGCUGCAUUGAUAUCGGGCAGCCAGGACUCUGGCGUGAGCGUCUGGUCCGUAUCCAGAUUGUUGGACGACGAUUUACAAAACGAACUCGUCUUGCCUUACUGCACCUUGGCCGAUCAUACCCUCUCGAUCACUGAUAUUAUCUGCGGCCUUGGUAUAUUUCCAACUUGCAGAGUUCUGACUGCGUCUAUUGACCAUUCAGUCAAGCUGUGGGAUCUGUCGUCCAAAUCGCUUUUGACUGUCUUUCAGUUUCCCAAAGCAAUCACUUGCCUUGCCUGGGACCCUACGGAACGCUUGUUUUUCGCUGCAUCAUCAGAUGGGUCCGUAUAUCAGAUGAACCUCUUCAGACAGUCGAAAGACACAAUGAAAGGGCGCACCAUGGAAGCCAUCGGUGGCGCUGGUGUCCAUGACAUCAUUCGUAUUGAUGAUGAAGGACCUAUCCCUUCGAACAAAAGGCUGAUAUCCACUGGCCAAGACGUUACUUGUCUCUCGAUUUCUUUUACUGGCUCUCUUCUACUGGUCGGAACUUCCUUGGGGUUAAUCCACAUUUAUGAUAUCGCAUCUCAUCAGCUACUACGUGCUAUUUCUACGCACAAAGGGUUUUCAAUAACUUACCUCGCCACCAUGCUCAAACCGCCUGACCUGAUUGGCCAUAUCAGUCUUAGCAUGAAUUUCACAGAUGCUCGAGAUGCCAUCCCAGUGAAGCCGGUGCUUCCUUUCCAGAGGAUGCGAGAUGCGAAAACACGCGAUACGCAUGAGGUGUCCCUUCUUUUUCCUCCUAGAAAUGCGGAAUACGAAGAUGAAACGGCAUUUUACCCUUCAUCGUCUCUCCUUCGGGACCAGGAAUUCUUUAUCAAGCCUUUGGCCUCGCGCGAAGGAGAAGCAGAUCAAGACGCAGCUUCUUUGAGUUCUAGGGUGACGACCCUCGAGGCCGAAGUAGUCCAUCUUAGAGAGCAGCUUGGGAAGGCAAAAGGGCUGAAUGAUACGAUGUGGGAUACCGUUGUUCAACGCAUUAUAGGCCAAACCAAAGCGAAGAGUCCUGGUGAUGUCGCACCCUCUGCGGAAAGCGACAGGCCCCGUAAACGUGGUCGGACAAACACGUAGUUAGAAAUAUCAAAUAUCUGUAUAAUCUUGUGCGUUGUUGUCCUUCCGGGUACAGCGACGCUUACUGAUUCUAUAGUGGACAACCUAGAUGUGCAUAUUAUAUCCAUCUUGUCACCAUCACCAUUUCCAGUACAUUCAAUGUUCAGCACUGAGCCAAGUCCGAUUUUUCCGUAUUCAAUACGCAA